AAGGAAUGUUUAUGACUGCCGAUAACAGCAGUUUCUAAAGGGAGAAAAAGUCUGACUUUCCUCUCCUCCACAACAUCUCCACUACAUGCUGUUAUUAAUCACAGCACUUUCUCUUUUAGUUCUUGCUCAAUAAAUUGAACUGGACGGAGUGCGAUUAAAAUAAUUCCGUUUCCAACUCGUCAAAGUGUCGGUUCAAAGAGUCGGUUCAAAAGAGUCGAUUCAGUUUUCCGAAAUUGAAAGUGUUUCUCAGCCUCGAUUCCAUUUUAAGGAGCGGUUAGAAAAACACAAAGAUGUUGAACAGCAGCCAGAAGCGGUGACAUUCAUGUCCAACAACAAGCAGUGGUGAAGAAAAGUAGGAGUGUGAUUGAUUCCAGCAGAAGAGAUCUGCAUCUUCAGGACUCUGCGUGUACACGAGCAUUGAAAAUGGAGAUCCCUGAUCAGGGACAGAUCAUGUGACCUCACCCUCAAAAGACUGUAAACUAGAGAGAGAGAGAUCACCCUCACCAGUGCCCAGCUGUGUCUCCAUGAAAAGUGAUCAGUCUAUGGAUGAACAUUUGAGAUUUAGCACUGGAAUCUCCUCACCUGGACACAGUGUUCUACAGAAGGCAGGAGACAGAAGAGAGAUCAUCAUCAUCACAGCUACAGGACAUGACCCAGAAUCCACUGCUGCAGAUGAAUUCCAGAAGAAGUUCAAGUUCAAUCUGAUAAAGAAGUUUCAGUGUUUGAAUGGAUUGAUGCUAAAUCAGGAAAACCGAACACUCCUGAAUGAGAUCUACACAGAGCUCUACAUCACAGAGGGAGACAGUGGAGAUGUCAAUAAAGAACAUGAGGUGAAACAGAUCGAGGCAGCAUCAAGGAGGAACCCAACUGAGGACACACCAAUCAAAUGCAGUGACAUCUUUAACCCCCUACCUGAACAAAAUGAAGAAAUCAGGAACAUUCUGACUAAGGGAGUAGCUGGCAUUGGAAAAACAGUCUCUGUGCAAAAGUUUGUUCUGGACUGGGCUGAAGGGAAAACAAAUCAGGACUUCUACCUCAUAUUCCCACUUCCUUUCAGAGAGCUGAAUUUGAUAAGGGAGCAGAAACUGAGUCUGAUGGAGCUCCUUCACGUGUUUUUCAAGGAGAUGAAAGAAAUGGACAUUUCCAGGUUGGAGAAGGUUUUGUUCAUUUUUGAUGGUUUGGAUGAGUGUCGUUUUCCUCUGGAUUUCCAGAAGACAGUGAGAGUGUGUGAUGUAACUGAAUCAGCACCAGUGCAUGUGCUUCUGAUAAACCUGAUCAAAGGGAACCUGCUUCCCUCUGCUCUCAUCUGGAUCACCUCCAGACCAGCAGCAGCUGAUCAAAUCCCCUCUGAGUGUGUCCAUCGAGUCACAGAGGUACGAGGGUUCAGACCCUCAGAAGGAGGAGUACUUCAGGAAGAGGAUCAGUGA